GUUCCUAGUCAAUUUGUCCGGAUAUGUGAAGUGUCCGGAUACCUAUAUUACCAGUUAAACAAGACAAAAUAAUGUUUAAAAAAAUCUGUUCCGAUCAAAAAUCGCCUGGAUACUGAAGCGUCCGGAUAUCUUAAGGUCCAUUGUAGUCUUGAAAAUAAAAUUUGGAAUGUACAUUAGAAGAUCACUUCAGGGUAUUUAUGUAAUGUUUCUCUCUUUUGUUGACCAAAUUAUCAGUAUGUGAACAGCAUGUGAUGUUCUAUUUCAUUUAACUUAAUUAUAAUCUCUGGCCCCUAAUUGUCAAGAAAAGCAAUAUAAAUCUAAAAGUCCAUGAAGCGUAUCGCCAUCAUUAUUAUGGCUUUAUUUUUAAACACGACACCAUUUUUACUCAAGCUCUUGAAGGAACAGGUUUUAAACUAGCCAUCGUCAGCUUCUCCCUUUGACAGCUAGAUCUUCAUCGGAUUUAAAAUGGCACGUGGCAUUCAAGAUCUCCCUGAUGAACUGUUACUGAUGAUAUUUUCUCACCUGUCCUUCUAUGAUAUCAUGGCGCACAUACAACGAGUGUGCGUCCGUUGGAUGGUGGUAUCCAGUGAAGAGUGUCUAUGGAAAACCUCCGGUGUACUAAAUUGGAUGGAAGAUGCUGAGAAUCUAGAAACCUUUCUGGAGCAGUUUGGCAUGAUAUCAAAGUAUAUGAAAACAUUGUGCAUAAAAAAUAUCAAUGGUAAACAUAAUGGAGACGGUUUAGGGACAGGCCUUGAAAGAUUAUACCGAAGAAAGUUUGCCGUCACCAAUUCCCUCUUAUUCCUCAGGGAUGAUAUCAACUGUCCAAGACUGGAGAGGAUUCAGGUUAUGCACUCUGAUCUUAUUUUAGAAGAGUUUAGUAAUCUCCUCGUAAAAUAUCCCCAUAUCACAGAGGUUUCCUUUGGUCACAACAAUCAAAUACGGUAUGAUACUGUUGUUCCUGCCAUUAAGAAUCUACUUACUUUAACGAAGCUUCAAAUCGAUGAAGAGCAUUUUUACAGCGAUAUGUAUGAUGACAUGGAUAAAAUGCUUUUCGACGAUACUUGGAAUAGAGAGCUUAGAAGUCUUGCUUCUGCCCACCCAGAGCUUACAAGCUUGGACAUCAAUUCAACUGGACUCAGGAGUCAAACCAUUGAGGAAUUCAUUCAAAAAUGCCCAAAGCUUAAAUGUUUGAGAAUAAGUCAAGAACAAGAAUUGAAUAGCUUAAGAGACAAUAAAGCCGCUGCCGGUCUUGAAGAAAUAGUGUUUGAAGACUGUUCCAUCGACACUGAUGGCAUUAGGAACCUGACUGCUGCAACGAAGUGGAAGCUUAAGAAACUUUCCUUGUUGAAUUGUUUGGAUUUGGACGAGCACGCUUGCCAGUACAUAGGGCAACAGAGUCCUUUGCUCGAAAAUUUUAUAGCUGCCAAACCCAUCACCUUGUCUGAUAGAGAAACUGGAUUUGGGUUUCUGACACGUGGAACUCUUAUCAACAACAAAGGUUUAAUGUACUUGUCGAGUUGUAAGAAUCUACAGGUGCUGAAACUCAGCUACUCUGCAGCAUCUAAUGUAUCUGACGAAGGCAUUUUAGCUAUUGCACAAGGAUGUCCUGAAUUAAAAACUAUCGAUCUGGAGGGAUGUUUUGGCGUGACUGAUUUUGGUGUUUUGGAGCUGUCACGUCACUGCCCUAAACUUAACCAUGUGAAUCUAACUUUCUGUCUGCACGUUACGGGAUUUGGAAUUAGUUGCCUUAUGAUGAAUUGCUUAUGGCUACAGCGGUUGCAGGUGCAUUCCUGUUUCUUCAUUUCAAACGUAAAGUUGCACGAUCAUGUAAAUUUUCCUGGACUCCCCGUGUGUGCAAUUACGCCCCUGACAGAAUUAGAAAACACACAGAAUGAAAAUGAGGAAGAAGUAUCUUGCACUUGCUAUCGUUUGCUGCAACAUGGCCCAUCCAUCGAGGAGGGUCAGAGAUACUGUGUAAAGGUAUAUCAAGCCUAUGAUAAAAUCAAACAGAUGCUUCGUAAUGAUGACCAAUCACACGAGGAAGAUUCAGGGGAAGGAACGGGUCUUUUUCAUUCAAACGCUCAAGCAAAAGGAUUUUGUGAAGAAGGCGUAGAGAGGACGGGAGUUUGUGUAUCUAAGACCCAUGAAACAGAAGAUUGUGGGUCAAGAGCCAGGUCAAUAGAAGAUUGUGGACAAUCCAGAGCAACCGGAGCUUCUGGGUCCAAAGCCCUAGCAACAGAUACCUGUGGUGCAAUAUUCCAAGGGCCGAGAAUACCUCCAUACAAAUUCUCAUCAGAGCACUCUUGGUUGAGGAAUUUAGACCUGUCUUGUUGUCACAGAAUAACAGAUGCUGAUAUCACAGAAAUUUCUAGAUGUUGCCCAGAUAUUCAGAUUCUUGAUCUAUCAUUCUGUCCACAGUUAACAGAUGAGGGUGUCGAGGCUGUUGCGCAUCAUUUGAAGAUUUUAUUUGAGUUGGCCUUGGAGGGCAUUAGGCAUCUCACAGAUCGAUCUUUGAUAGCUCUGACGGAGAGAAACCUGGGUACCUUAACGCUGAACACUUCGUCUAACAUGUCAAUUCAGGAAUUGCAGGAAUUAGUCCAUUCUAAUAGUAGGUUACGUAAAUUAACUAUUUUUAAUGAUGAGACAACAUCCGCAGUGUUCAACAAAGACGUGAUUGAUGAAAUUGUAUCUCAGGCGGAAAACUGUUUUGUUGUUAAAGACUUCGGACUGGCAAUUGUAAUCAAGAGUUCCUCAUAAUUUAUCAAAAUGCAUUUACAGUGGAAUAAUACCUUUUCGA